AUAGCCCGCUGUCCUUCUCUCUCUUCAUUUAUCUUCUUAAAAUAUGUUUGUAGCUGCUAUUGUACCUGCUCUAAUUGUAAAACAAUGGUAGUACUAUCUUGAAGCAAUGGUUGAACAGAAGGUCAAUGCAGAUGCAACCUGCAGGCUUGCUAGUCAACGAAACGCGUGCAUUUGCAUCGUCGUUGUGUCAUGUCGUCAAGCUGGCAGGUCAAAGCUAAGCUAGGACGACGUGCGACUGUGACACUUCACCUGCAGAUACAUACACCCACAGUUUCUGACUUCUCAAUUCAGUCGGCCAUGCUGCCUUGAUGAUCGAUCGAUGCAAAGGCAGGCAGGAGGAUUCAUUUCCAUGGCGUGGUCAAUGCCACCGCUGGCUUUGUUCGCCGCCGUGCUGGCGCUGCAGCAAGCUAUCGCCGCCGCCGCGGCGGCCGGAGACUGCCCGACCACCUGCGGCGACGUGGCCGUGCCGUUCCCGUUCGGCAUCGGCGCCGGCUGCUACCACUUGCCCGGGUUCAACCUCACCUGCGACCGGAGCAGCGACCCGCCGCGGCUGCUCCUCGGCGACGCCGCCGCGUUCCAGGUGCUCAACGUCUCCAUCGUCAACGCCACGGUGCGCGCCGCCCGCGUCGGCGGCAUAAACAUCACCUACGGCGGCGGGAACACGUCGUCGGCCGACGAGGGACGCGGCGCUUGGCGGGGGCUCGGCGACGGCGGGCCGUUCGCGCUGUCCGAGGAUCGCAACGAGCUCGUCGUCGUCUGGGGGUGCGACGUCGUGGCGCUGCUCACCGACGGCGGGGGGAGCGGCAACAGCAGCAACGUCACCAUCAGCGGCUGCGCCUCCUUCUGCCCCGGCACCGACGCCGGCGGCCAAGCGAUCGCCGCCCCAGCGGGUUCCACGAUGUCGCUGACCGAGGACAGGCGGUGCACCGGCGUCGGCUGCUGCCAGAUGCCCAUCAGCGUCGGCCGCGACUCCUACCAAGUGCGUCUCCGCCGGCUCAACCCGAGCCCGCCCCAGCCGCCGCCGCCGCAGGGCGCCGGCGACCCGACGGUGGUGCUCAUCGCGGAGCAAGGGUGGGUCGCCGAGGCCUCUAGGUCCACCCGAGGCUACCCGCUCCCGGUCACCUUCGACGAGACGGCGGUGCCCGUGUUGCUGGGGUGGAUGAUCGCGUCGACCCGCGUCGGCGCCGACGGCGAGGUGCCGGUGAACUCGACGUGCCCCGCCGACGCCGCGCGCAGCGCCUGCAAGAGCAGCCACAGCUCGUGCCGCAACGUCUCCAGCUCCGCGCGCGCCGGCUACGUCUGCGACUGCGACGCCGGCUUCCAUGGCAACCCCUACCUCGCCACCGGAUGCCAAGACAUCAACGAGUGCGAGCGUGCAGAGGAGCACGGUUGCUUCGGCGAGUGCAUCAACACGGCCGGAUCGUUCCUGUGCCGGUGCCCUGCAGGAAUGCAAGGCAACUACACCCAACGCAAUGGAUGUUUCAGACCUCCUCUUCCUGCUCGUUCUUCUACAGGUUUAAGCAUCGGUGUGGGUGUCAGUAGUGCUGCAAGCCUUAUACUUAUAGUGAUCAUGGCGAUCUUCAUCAUCCGCAAGCAGAAACGCAGGAGGGCCAAGAAGAUUAGGCAGAAGUACUUCAAGCAGAAUCGUGGGCAGCUACUGCAGCAACUGGUAGCUCAGAGGGCUGACAUUGCAGAGAGGAUGAUCAUACCGUUGGGUGAGCUCAAGAAGGCAACAAACAACUUUGAUAGAGCUCGUGAGCUCGGCGGCGGCGGCCAUGGCACCGUGUACAAGGGGAUCUUGUCCGAUCUCCAUGUCGUCGCCAUCAAGAAAUCAAAGAUUGCAGUUCAAAGGGAGAUCGAUGAGUUCAUAAACGAGGUUGCCAUUCUCUCGCAGAUAAACCAUAGGAACGUGGUGAAGCUUUUCGGAUGUUGCCUCGAGACAGAAGUGCCAUUGCUUGUCUAUGAGUUCGUUUCCAAUGGAACCCUUUACAGCCAUCUCCAUGUCAGUGGACCAAGAUCACUACCAUGGAGUGACAGAUUGAGGAUUGCAACUGAGACAGCCAAAGCUAUUGCCUAUCUGCACUCAUCAGUUUCAAUCCCAAUAAUCCACAGAGAUAUCAAGUCCACUAAUAUACUCCUCGAUGACACUCUGACCUCCAAGGUGUCAGACUUUGGAGCUUCAAGAUGUAUCCCGGUUGAUCAAACAGGGGUAACAACAAAGGUUCAGGGAACCUUAGGAUACAUGGAUCCGGCAUACUAUUACACUCAGAGGCUUACAGAAAAGAGCGACGUGUACAGCUUCGGGGUCAUUCUUGUAGAGCUUCUCACAAGGAAGAAGCCAUUUUCUCACCUGACACCUGAGGGUGAAGGUCUGGUUGCACAUUUUGUCACUUCAUUUACAGAAGGCAAUCUAGUUGGAGUGUUAGACCUGCAAAUCAUGGAGGAGGCAGACAUGAAAGUUGUCGAAGUAGUAGCUACGCUAGCUGUGACAUGUGUAAAUCUGAGAGGAGAGGACCGGCCUACCAUGAGACAGGUUGAGAUGGCACUUGAAGGCAUUCAGGCAUCCAGGGAAAAUGUUUCAGGUAAUCUUUCUGCAGAGAAGCUUGGAGAGAGCAAUAAUGUCGCGAGGGAUUUCAUGCCAAGCCAAGAAGGAAGAAGCAUGACAGAAGGGACUAGGCAAUAUAGUUUGGAAGAAGAGUUCUUGUUGUCUUCAAGGUACCCUCGGUAGUUUUCUGGUCAUCUGUGUUCAUGUAAAGCUGAUUUCAGUUUCAUUUUUCCCCAAGGAGUUUAUGUGUUCUUUAAAGAAUUGAAAAUUACCCUCAUUCGAGUUAAAAACAAUGGGCCAUGACAUGCUUCUUACCAAUCGGUAGCCUUGCCAUUUACCCUUUA